AUGGAACACUUGCUUUUUGAGUAUGCAGGGGGAUACGGACUGUUUGAACUCAAGGAAUAUGAAGACAUGUCGAAGUCUACGUACGAAGACUAUACCAAACUAACUCAAGUUCUGAACUUGAGAUCUGGAAUGAGAUUUGCCAGUCUUAACGAGGCGUCAGACCAUCUGAAAUGUCUUUCGCAAGGAGAGAUCCAUGAGGACUUAAAGAAGUUUCUUGAGCUUAACAAUGUUAAGGUCUUGCAUUGCGACAGCACUCUAAGAAAGGGCCUUGAUGUACUUGGAAUCAAACAGAAGGAGAGCGAGAAUAUAAUGAGAGGCGUCCGAAAGGACUAUAGAAAGCUUAUGAGGCUUGAUGAAUAUGAUAGCAAGCAGAUGGUGCUUGGUCUAGCAUAUGAAUAUUCGAGGGAGAAGGUUGAAUAUAACGUAAAGAGAGAAGACUUUAUUGUAAUCCACACAGUGAUGCUAUUAGAACAAGUGGGCAAGGACAUCAAUUCGUAUUCCAUGAGGAUAAGAGAAAUCUAUGGAUGGGUAUUUCCCGAGUUGAGUGUUGCACUGAAGGACAACCAUGAAUACAUUAAGGCUGUAAAGCAUUUUGUAGACGAAGAGACCGAGGGAAACAAAGGAGAAUGGAAAGAUAUAGAAGUGGAUGUUGAAAAGCUUGAGAAGAUCAAGGAACUGAAAAGAAAUUCCAUGGGUAUGAAACUUUCUCCUGUGGACAUGAUUAACUUGAAGAAGUUAAUAGAAAUAGUGAACAAUAAGAUUGAAAUCAGAAAAGGCCUGUCUAAAUAUCUUAAGGACAAAAUGGAAUCUAUUGCGCCUAAUCUUGCAGCCAUACUUGGGGAUGUGCUUGCAGCAAGGCUCAUUUCGCAAGGGGGAGGAUUGUUAAAUCUUGCAAAGGCUCCGGCAUCUACAUUUCAACUUCUUGGAGCGGAGAAGUCUCUGUUCAAGUCUCUGAAGACAAAGACGAAGACACCAAAGUAUGGGCUUAUCUAUACUACCAGUUACUUAUCGAGGGUCCGAGACAAAGACAAAGGAAGGAUCUGUAGGUACAUUGCAACAAAAUGCUCUAUUGCCGCAAAGAUCGAUUAUUUUGGGAAGGAUAGGACUCCGGAUUACGGACUGGAACUCAAAUCACUUAUUGAUAAGAAGAUCCAGUCUCUUCGCACUAAUGAGGAAGUGGAGAGAACAAGCACCGUAAUCCAGAGAGUGUUUGAUAGGAUAAAUGGAAUAUCAAAGGACAAGAAGACAAAGGAUGACUUGCAACCCGAAGAUUCCAAGAAAAACUCAAAACUCAAAAAGCAGAAGAAGAAGUCGGAGAGGCAAGAGCAUAAGGAGGAGGUGUUUCGAUUUGGAGAAAGAAGAAAAGGAGGUGACGAAGGGUCUAAAAGAAAUGAUAAGCGAGUAAGCUUUGACUUAACAAGAAAUGACAUCAAAGAAACGGAGAAGAUGCCAAAGAAGUUUAAAAGAAAAAUAUGA